AUGCACAUGCACACGGUGCCCCAGCUCAAUGAUCCCUCCCUCCUCAUUUCCAAGGCCUAUGUGAAUGGGGAAUUCGUGGACUCAAGCACCUCACAAACUUUCGACGUUCACGACCCUGCCACAGGCAAGAAAAUAGGUUCAUGCGCCGAAUUCAACAGAGAAGACACCGCCAAAGCCAUAGCUGCGGCCGUGGAUGCUUUUGCCUCCUUCCGCAAGACCCUCCCCCGCGAACGAGCCACUAUGUUGCGCCAUUGGUAUAACUUGAUGCAAGAGAAUGCCGAAGAUCUCGCCACCCUAAUCACAUGGGAAAACGGGAAGCCGUUCAACGAUGCAAAAGGAGAAGUCGCCUACGCCGCCAAUUUCUUCCAAUGGUUCAGUGAAGAAGCCCCGCGCAUCUAUGGCGACACCAUCGCCGCCUCUGUCCCCGGAAACCGAAUAAUAACCCUCAAACAACCCGUCGGUGUCUGCGGUCUCAUAACGCCCUGGAACUUCCCAGCGGCGAUGAUCACGCGCAAAAUCGGCCCGGCGUUAGCGGCGGGGUGCACAGUCGUCGCCAAGUCACCCGGUGAAACACCAUUCACCGCGAACGCGAUUGUGGAGCUUUCUCGACGAGCCGGAAUUCCUCCGGGCGUCGUGAAUAUCGUGACCGCCCUCAAGAACACCGCUGAAAUCGGCGAGAUAUUGACCACCGACCCCCGUAUCAAGAAAGUCUCCUUCACAGGCAGCACGAACGUGGGCAAGUUGCUGCUGAAACAAGCAAGCGGGACUGUCAAGAAACUCUCCUUCGAGCUCGGUGGUAACUCCCCCUUUAUCGUCUUCGACGACUGUCCUGACCUCGACACCGCCGUUGCGGGGGCCAUCGCCUGCAAAUUCCGCGCCUCGGGACAGACCUGCGUCUGCGCCAACAGAAUAUACGUCCAAAAGGGCAUCUACGACGAAUUCGCCGAGAAGUUCGCCGCGAAAGUGAAAGGUUUCCACGUCGGCCAUGGCUUUGACGACGGCGUCACACAUGGCCCCGUCAUCCACGAUCGGGCCAUGGCUAAGGUCGACGCGCAUGUUCAAGAUGCGACCAAAAAGGGUGGCAAAGUCAUUAUCGGAGGCCAGAAAUUGCCGGAUCUCGGCUCCAACUUCUACGCUCCGACGGUCAUCACGGGCGUGACGAACGAGAUGCAAAUCGCCCGGGAGGAAACCUUCGGUCCUGUGGCUGGUCUCUUCCCGUUCUCCACGGAGAAGGAAGUCGUGGCUCUCGCUAAUGAAGCUCCCGUCGGGUUGGCAGGAUACUUCUACUCGAGAGACGUGGGACGGGUUUACCGCGUCGCUGAGGCUCUAGAGGUCGGUAUGAUCGGUAUCAACACGGGCUUGAUCUCGGAUCCGGCCAGUCCGUUCGGUGGUGUCAAGGAGAGCGGUUUCGGACGUGAGGGUUCGAAGUACGGUGUUGAUGAGUACACGGUCAUCAAGUCAUUGACGGUCGGGGGAAUCUCGAAUGAGCUGCAAGGAUAG